AAUCAAUCCGGCGAGUGACCGAGUGGGGUAGGUUGUGUGCGGCAUGACGACCACGCGCGACCGUGGCGCCGGCGGCGGAUCGGCGUCGAGGGUCGGUGACGGGGACGUCGACCUGGGCGAGGGCUGGGACUGGGGCGCCAUCCCGCGGCUCCUCUCCUCCGCCUGCCUCUUCCUCUGCUCCGGAGGCUGUUUUGGUUGCUGCGAUAAGACUGUAAAGCAACUGGGUGAACUGUCCAGAAACUUGAUCACCCAGGACCAAAUUACCAUUGGAGAGCCAUUUUGGAGCACAACCACCAUCGAGGUUGAACCAGCAGAUCUCAGUGGUGUUACUUCAGUCAAUACAUCUAACUUGGCCUCUGGAACUGGUAGCAGUCAUAACCUUCCUGGACUUGGUAAUAAUGGACUUGUUCUGUGGGAACAUACAAGGCAGGAGUGGACUGAAACUAGAAGUCUGCGGCUGAAGGUGAAGCAGGUUCGUGAACCAGUAUUGAGUUGGAAUGCAGCAUAUGAGAGUCUGCUUGGAUCAAAUAAGCCAUUUCCUCAACCCAUUCCUCUUCAUGAGAUGGUCGAUUUCCUUGUGGACAUCUGGGAGCAGGAGGGGCUGUAUGACUAGCGCAAAUGAUUUCAUGGGAUAACAUCUGGGAUAACACAUAGUUGUUCCUCAAGAGAGGGGAAAAAGAAUGACAUAGAGGGUGUAGGCUUGGGAUGUGGUGAUGAGUUGGCCUGUCAUACUUGUUUUUUGUCAAUGGAGGCCUGCUGUACUUGCAGAAUACAGAGCUGUGGUUGUAAGCUUGUAAGAAGUCCUGAUACUAAUAGUGGCUUUGUUUAAUUUG